UAUUGAUUGGAUAUUUCGAGUUAUCUUGGCGCCAUGUCGCCAUUAAACUUCAACAAACUUCCAGCACACAUUUUCUCGUGUAGUGGGGGGCUUGAUUGACAUUGACACAGCUGAGCCCCGAACACGGCGACAGUAUAACUGCCCGCAACUUGAGCGCUAGCCAUGUUGUUCUAUCAAUGUAGAUUCAAGGCUUUUGCCCUCGACUUAUAACCCUUUCGUGGCAUUUUCAUACUCUCGGCAAGCACAUACCUUCCAACAUUGUUCAUCCUGAUUCAUAUGUCAUAUGUGGAAAAUAUUCUUCUGGUCCCAAGAUGGACUACUCUAGAGUAAACAAACACUUUACGAAGAAGAAUUCGUGAAUAACAAGAAGCGUACUUGGAAAACAAACUGCGAGAAAGAAGCCGAGCGAAUUCGUUUACUUCGUGAAAUUAUAUUCAACGAUCCAGACGACAAACACCUCGUGGAGAAACUGAGCAAAAGCAUUACUGCAUGGCGAACCACGAAGCACAUAAACAGCUCUCGCCCAACCGAGAACAUUCCAAGUCCUCGACAGAGCAUAUCUGAUUGCAUGAACGCAGUGAGUAGUUUGACCAGGAAUAACUCGGCUUCUCAAGAAAGCACACCCAACAUCAUGAACGCAACAAGUAGCUGGACCGAGAACAAUUCAAUUUCUCAAGAUAGCACACCUGAGAGCAUGAAUGUAGCAAGUAGCUUGGUCGGGCACAAUUCGGUUUCUCAAACGAGCACGCCCAACAGCACGAACGCAGCGAGUAGUGAGCCGGAGUCUCCUAAACAUUACGAACUCGAAAAUGACAUUAACGUACCUAUCAUACACUUCGAGAGCGGCAGAGGUGUCGAUCUAGAGGUUCCUCAAAGAAAGGGGUGGAAUCAGUUCCCGAACCAGAAAAUGCCCCUAAAGAACUUGCUAGAAGACCGAGGCGAUGAUAAUAUUCUCCGCAAAACACACAAUACCACUGGAGACCAUCUGACGUAUUUUCAUAUACCCUCAAAUAAUAUGAGUUGGGCUGAGUGUGCGAUCGGUCGAUACUUCGGUGAAGAGCCUCCAAAUUACCUUGAAACCAACCGCGAGUUGUUGCGCCAAAAGAGAUCCAGAACAUACAUGAUCCUUCGAGACCAAUACUGGCGCAGCCAGAUGCAUGGUGGCGAGCAACACAACCCACCACACGCAAGGCACAUGCGACCCCUCUGUGAGACGAUAUCAUCAGAUCCUAAGGAGGAAGAUAAAUUUCCGACCAAUAUGGUUCUUUUCAUGCCAUACCUUCAUUGGGAUACCUCCAGGAAAAGCCAGCAGUUCGCUGCGGAGAUUGGACGCAUAACCCUUGCAAACAAAGAAGAUGUUCCCAUUGAUGAAAAGAAGGCAAGGGAAGAACCAAGCAAGAUUCAUCGCCGAAUAUCGAUCAAACGAGUGGCAGCCUUGAUCAAACGAUUGCCGACAUUUUUCGAGAAGGACCCAAAACGUCCGCUUACUGUUGAGAAAUUUCCCCCUACCGAUAGUAAUGGCCGUGUUGAAGUCACAACGGCUCUAGGUCAGUGUUUUGUCGACGCCGCAAGACUUUAUGAAGGCAUGUCAAAUUACAGAGACAAGACACUACUUCGGAAAUAUUUGUGCCAAGAUCCUCCCCUACACCCACGUCGCACUCUGGAUCAGGCUUAUUACUGGACCCUUACUUCAACAGAUAAAAGGGAUAGGGAUCAAGUUGUAUACCGGCACACCACUACCAAACCCGAAUCUCUCCAUAGAUACGACCACAACAAAAAUCACUGGCCGAAACAUGAGGAAUUCGGUAUUAAACAGCGGUGUGAGGAAUGCACGAUGACAGCACGGAAACUAUCCCGAAUCGUAAUGACCGACCAACUCUGGAUGUGGAUAUUAGAUGCAAGAACGAUUAUUACCUGCUUUCCAAAACGAUAUGGCGCCAACAAGCAAGAUGCAUCAGGUGUCCAUAAAUCAAUCAGGGUUCAUUUUCAAGACAGCAGCCCAGACCAAAUCCGUACUGUUUUCGAUCUUGCUCUUGUUAUCAUUGACGAGUGUUCCAAUACACUCUUUGACAGAACCAAGACAGGGGAUCGACUGCCGCAAGUGCUUGAUGCUUUCUCAAAAGCCAUUGGUAGAGUUAUGCAGAAACAAACUGGAGCGUUUGAAAAACUAUGGCGCUGGACAGACGAUGCGAGCGAAGUUUACAGGUCCAGAGAAGGCAAUGCCUCCGGACUUCACGUGGCACUUCUCGAUAUCAACCCCGAAGGAAAACUCGAGCGAGAGAUAAAUGACAUUAUGGAGGAACUAGAUAUCAUGAUUCACAUUUUCAAGACCCAGGAAAAGACACUGAUAUCGUUCAUCGCGAAAGCCGAAACCAUACUUGACCCCUUUGGAUACUUCAGUAACGAUCAGAGAAGGGCGAUGAUAAGUAGAUAUCAUUGGAACAAGUCUGACCGGAAGCCUGCCCAUCUACGGACCCUGUGGGAAGCCAUUGAAGAAAAGAAGAAAGAUGACCCCGAGUUAAGGAAAAAGCGAGAUGACUACAACUGGUUUAAGCUUAAUGCCGACGAACGCUUGAAAGGCGUCAGGGGACGAAUCGAUGAACUCAAAGAAUUGCGCCGUAGUGCAGAAAACACCGCCGAGAGUGUCAAGGAUUUAUUGGCAUUGAAGCAACAGCAGGCUAGUGUUGUCCAAGCGUGGCAAGCCGUCAAGCAGUCGGAUGAGACAAUCAAGCAAGGCCGAUCUAUUAUGAUGUUUACACUCGUGACAAUCGUUUUCCUCCCACUUUCAUUCAUGUCCAGUGUUUUUGGGAUGAAUAAUACCGCUAUCACUUCUGAUAACACCUCAUUACACUUCGAAUUAGUGUACAUGUUCUCCAUUUCUGCUGGAGUCAUAUUCAUCACGUUACUCAUUGCAUUUGGCGACUGGAUCCGUGAAGGGGCCUUCUACCUCUGGAAGUGGCUGACCAUUCGGUUUCUGGUGCGCUUUGGUCUGUACGAGCAUUGGCUCAAUUUCGAAAAUGGGAGCAAUAAAUUCUACUCUGACAUAGAUGACAGCUCUCAUCGCCGCAUGAGGGACGCCAAGCUUGCAUGGCUCGAACAGAGGCGUCGAAGACGGGCUGCUGGUGGCAAGACAGAACAAGAAGAGCGUGCAGUCAUGAAAUCACCCUGGAGUGAUUAUUGGCGAUCUCGAAGUAACGAAAAUGGGGAUAGCAUGGGCCAGAAUGGGAAUGUAGAAGCUCAGAAUGGCGACGUGGAAGCUCAGCGCGGGCAUUAAAGAAAAAGAAUGGGCGCGGAUAUCAUGUCAUGUCUCAUUAGUAG